AGGACAUGGUAAUGCCGGUGAUAUAUACGUCACGCUGCCUCUUCUAUUAUCCCAUUCCACUCUCCCUUCUCAACUUCUCUUCUUGUCGUCUUCAACCUUCCUUUCUCUAGUCCUUUCUCUUCCCAGAAUGUCUUACGAUUACCUCUUCAAGUACAUAAUCAUUGGAGACACCGGUGUAGGGAAAUCAUGCCUGCUCUUGCAAUUCACGGAUAAGAGGUUCCAGCCUGUGCAUGAUCUCACUAUCGGUGUUGAGUUCGGCGCUCGCAUGGUUACCAUCGACGGCCGACCCAUCAAGCUUCAGAUUUGGGACACUGCUGGCCAAGAAUCCUUUAGAUCCAUCACUAGAUCAUACUACAGGGGAGCAGCUGGAGCACUUCUGGUUUACGACAUUACGAGGAGAGAAACAUUUAAUCACUUAGCAAGCUGGCUAGAGGAUGCCCGGCAGCAUGCAAAUCCCAACAUGACAAUCAUGCUUAUAGGAAACAAAUGUGAUCUUUCUCACCGGAGGGCUGUCAGCAAAGAGGAAGGAGAACAGUUUGCCAAGGAAAAUGGACUUUUAUUCUUGGAAGCUUCUGCAAGAACAGCUCAAAAUGUUGAGGAGGCGAGUUCAAAUAUGCCAUAGAUUCGUAUUUAUAAAUUCAGUUAAAUAUUCUGAAGUUAAAAUUCCCAUUUUUCAGUAUUAUACCAACAAAUAUACUAAAAUUUUGUUUUGUAGGCCUUCAUAAGGACUGCAGGAAAGAUCCUUCAGAAUAUCCAGGAAGGCGUGUUUGAUGUAUCCAAUGAGUCUUCGGGUAUCAAGGUUGGAUAUGGACGCCCCCAGGGCUCAUCAGGCGCAAGAGAUGGAACUGUUGCUCAGAGAGGAGGAUGUUGUGGCUAAUUGAAACAUAACCUGUAUUAUAUUUUUUUCAUUUUCCCCAUACAUGAAUAUAUGCUUAGAACUGUUAAAUGACUUCUGGUUGACAUUUAAUGUAUAGAUCCAACAUCUGUUGAUCUUUGGACUAAAUUGAAUUUAAUUGAUAGGAAUUCAAGUCUUUUGAGUGCUUGAAAGUUUCCUGAGUCA